UGAAUUGUAUCCUGAAGCAGUAGUGUCAAUGGUCUUACUAUCUGAAAAUCUGUUUUUCUGAGAUCAAGAACUGAAAAUUGAAUUAUUGGUUUUGGAAUUUGAGGCUUCUUUUGACGUGGGAUCUAUAAACAGUCUCUCUACGUCCUAAUCUCCCAAGACCCCACUUAUGGGAUUACACUGUGUAUAUUGUUGUUGUUGGAAUUUGAGGAUGUUGUUUUGUUACAAAAUCUUUGUUUUAGUUGUUCUUGAGUUAUUUUUACUUGAAUACAAGUGUGAAUGUUCCUACUGUUUAAAAUUCUGUUUUUUUUUUCUGAGAUCAAGAAGUGACAAUUGAAUUCUGGGAUUCUUUCUCUUUACCCUCAUUUAUGUUUUUUUGUUGUGUCUUUAAAGAUUUGAUUUUUUGAAAGAAAGUGACUUCAAUUUGUGAAGGUUCCUAUUAUAAUUGGAUUUUAGGCUUGUAUGAUUUGUCUUCCGAUCUAUGUUGCUCGAAUUCAAAAAUGUUGACAGUUGUAUGUCAGAUCAUCCAUAACCAGCAAUUUUGGAGAGUCUGAGCAACAUAGCUUUCAAUUGUUGAUUGAUACGAUUUUAGACUAUUUAUCUAAUGUUUUGCUUUUAGAUAUCGUUGGUAUAUGGAGUCUGAAAAUGGGGUUCCAGUAGAGGUGGAAAAGAUUGUUGUGGCUGAGGAAGAAAAUGUGGAUUUAAAGGCCGAUGAGACGCCAAAUUCAUCUGUAGCCAAAACUGAAUUGUCUGAGGAGGAUGUUCCGAAAAGUAAAGCAUCAAAUCAACAUAAGGUAUCAGUUGUUGGUAUUAAAAAGAACAAUAAAAUGGCUAAGGAUCAAGCCAGUUCAACAAGCUCGUCUGCAUUAGCUCGUUCGAAAAAGGGAAGUAUGGCGAAAAGUCUUUCAUUCCCUACAAGAGGUGCCAAUGCAGACAUGACAAGGAAGAGCAUCGAUGCUUGUACAAAGAAAGCGGAUUUUAAACCUUGGAUACCAAAUGGUGUGACACAUGAGGCUUCUCAUUCGAAUGGGACAGCUUCUCGUUUAAAUACGGCUACUAAGAGUGCAUCUGCUGGAAUUGUGAAGUGUUCAAGUCCAAAUGGAGGUGCUACAACAAGCAGAAGGACAACUACAGGAUCUGUCCCGAGUCUUCGUCAAUCGCUGUCUGGGAAGUCUGUUUCAGCCGGUAAAAUUGCAAAGAAAGCUACUUCUGAAGGAUUAAACGAUGAAAAGACAACACCUACUAAAGCUACAUCACCUCUUAAAGACGAUGAGGAUGCUCGUUCUGCUACUUCCUCCAAUGCAACUCGUACCAGUGCUGGAUUUUCCUUUAGAUUGGAAGAACGUGCUGAAAAGCGAAAAGAGUUCUUGGCAAAGGUGGAAGAGAGGAUACAGGCCCGCGAAGAGGAAAAGAGUGACUUGCUAGCAAAAUCUAAGGAAAACCAAGAGGCAGAGGUAAAGCAAUUUAGGAAGAGCUUGACAUUUAAAGCUACACCGAUGCCUUGCUUCUACAAGGAGCCCCCUCCUAAAGUUGAACUGAAGAAGAUACCAACAACACGCGCAAUAUCUCCUAAGCUUGGAAGAAAUAAGAACUCCAUAUCCACGACUAAUAGCUCCGAAAGUGGAGGGUCAUGUUUCAGUCCAAAAGUGAUCAAGGAACAGCAUAAGUCACCCGUAGCCAAUAAAUCUAACAUUUCAUCUAAAGGGAAGCCAGUUAAGAAUUCACAGACAACCGCUCAAUCUCCAAAAACCUCAAUCAGUAAGGCUAAACCUGCUGAAACAAAAUCAAGACUUGCUGAAGCAAAGGUUUCUGAUGAGAAAACAGAACAAAAUGAAAUUCAACCUGAGUCUGAAAUGAAUUGUGUAGAAGACAAUGUGGCACACCUGUCAAAUCCGGUCAUCGUGCAAGCUGAAGUCAGUGUUGAAGGUUAAUGAACUUACUGAAGUUGUCUUGUUCUGCAUUUAUUUAUUUAUUUAUUUAUAGGCCUUUUUUUGUUCUGUGAACGCGUUUUUUGUUUCUUCGUUGAGUUGUGCAUAUGGUGUUUAUGUUGCUGUUACAAGUUGUACAUGUUGGUUAUGAUUCUCAGCUUCUUCAUUCUUUUCGAAUAUUUCAGUACCAUGGUGUAAUCAUUCUUGAGAAAUUUUGUGAUCUGUUAGUUGUG